AAAGAGCUAAAACGACACUUAUGAGGCGGGAGGGCGUACUUGUAAUUUUCUUUUUUUUUCAAAAACUCAUUAAUGGAGACAGUUGAGUGUUGCUGUAUAGCCAAAGCUUCAUAAAUUCUUCCCCUGCUUUUUAUUCACAUUCAAGAUUGGACUCAAAAACAACCCAUCACUGACUUUUACUACUACUACUUAUUACUUUAAGUCUCUUCUUCUUCCCAUCAGAACUCAAAGUUACAAAGAAAGAAGAGAACAUCAUGGAUUGGUCACAAAAGCUUUACUUUACAGCUUUUCUAAUUGUUGCAGCAUCUUCAGCCAUUCGUGGAAUUCAUGGUUAUGCAAUGGUCUCUGGCACUGUCUUCUGUGACCAAUGCAAAGAUGGCCAAAUUUCUCUCUUUGAUUAUCCUCUAAAUGGAAUAAAUGUAGCAAUGGCGUGCCCAGACAAUAAUGGACAAAUGGCAACAUGGGGAGAAGAAACAACCAAUUGGCUAGGAAAUUUUGUCAUGAAGUUCGAUGGAAAUCCAGAUUUGAGUGGCUGUGUUGCACAGGUAACAAGCAGUAAUGAGCAAGGGAAAAGAGGGUGUGGGACAGGAGGAGGACCAGGGAAGUCACCAAGAUUAAUGUUUAGGAUGUUUGAUAUGAAUAUGUACACAAUUGAUCCUUUGAUUUCUCAGCCAACAGAUCCAAUGUCUUUCUGUCCAAAAUUUUCAUACCCACAGCCACAUCCCAACCCUGUUUCCCCGGCUACACCACCAUCAACACUUCCAAUUCCACCUACUCCCUCAUUACCUCAUUUACCCCCAUUGCCUCCUUUACCCCCAAUGCCUCAUUUCCCCUAUUUGGAAGCUUCAGUUUGCCCACACCAGAGCUGGAUGAUGCCAGAAAACCACUGCUACUGGAAAGUGAUAAAUCCAGAUUCAAAAGUAGGUGUUGUAUUUGGUCUAAUUGCUGCUAGAAAAUAUGGAACUGAUUUAACAUUAUGGGAAGGAAUGAAAGGUAGAGGAGAACCUUAUAAAACUUUGCUAAGAGAAGGGACAACUGCACUUUUGAAUUCUUAUAAUAGUGUACAAUUUCCAUAUCAUCCAUUGAGUGUUAUUCAAGAUAUGAAUUGGGCAUUAAUGGGAUCAACUCAACAAGUUCUGCAUACAGCUUUGGGUUUCUUGAGGGCUAAUUCUGGAAAUGGAAAAACCACUUGCAAGUUCAAUCCUUGCAAGUGAUUCUAUUAUUGAUUUCACUUCCUAGUAUUAUAUUAUUAAUUUCACUUCCUUGUAUACUUUUUCGUGAUAUGUAGUUGAGUUAAUCACGUUUAUAUAUACACGUUGUUGGUGUAUACUUGUUUCUACAUUUGCUAUGUUAAACUUCAUCAUUUCAGAUGAAGCUUUGAAGAUCUAGGAAGAAGCUUAGAGAAUAAUUUAACCGACUGCUUUGUAUUGAUAACUACUGAUCUUACAAAAUGAAUGGAUUGAGCAAAAUAUCUAAUAUA